GGUGGGCCUGCUGCUGUGUUCAUUCCAGCCACCCCUUCUCCUGGCCGGGGCCCGUGGUGUCUCUCCCUCCCUCGUCUGCCAUGUCGUGCCGUUCCUUCCCACAGGGCUUCCGGUGUGGCAGUCGGAACUUCAGCUCCUGCUCAGCCGUUCUCCCCAGGACGGUCACCCACUACGCUGUGAGCAAGGGGCCCUGCCGGCCUGGGGGUGGCGGGGGCCUCCGAGCCCUGGGCUGCCUUGGCUCACGGAGCUUAUGCAAUGUGGGCUUUGGGAGGCCCCGGGUGGCAUCCAGGUGUGGGCUGCCCGGCUUUGGGUACAGAGUGGGCCCUGCCUGUGGGCCCUCCACCUGCAUCACCCCUGUCACCAUCAAUGAGAGCCUGUUGGUGCCCCUGGACCUGGAGAUCGACCCCACCGUGCAGAGAGUGAAGAGAGAUGAGAAGGAUCAGAUCAAGUGCCUCAACAACCGCUUCGUGUCUUUUAUCAACAAGGUGCGCUUCCUGGAACAGAAGAACAAGCUGCUUGAGACCAAGUGGAACUUCGUGCAGCAGCAGAGGUGCUGCCAGAGCAACCUGGAGCCCAUCUUCGAGACCUACAUCUGCGCCCUGCGCAGGCAGCUGAACUGCGUGGCUGGGGACCGGGCCAGGCUGGAGGCAGAGCUCAGCAGCCUCCAGGGUACACUGGAGGGUUACAAGAAGAAAUAUGAAGAGGAGCUGUCCCUGAGGCCAUGUGCUGAGAAUGAGUUCGUGACCUUGAAAAAGGAUGUGGACACUGCCUUUCUCAUGAAAGCUGACCUAGAGACCAAUGUGGAUGCUCUGGUCCAGGAGAUUGACUUCCUGAAAGGCCUGUAUGAAGAGGAGAUCUGCCUGCUCCAGUCUCAGAUCUCAGAGACCUCUGUCAUAGUGAAGAUGGACAACCGCCGGGAGCUAGACAUGGAGGGCAUCAUUGCUGAGGUCAAGGCCCAAUACGAUGACAUCGCCAGCCGCAGCAAAGCAGAAGCGGAGGCCUGGUACCAGUGCCGGUAUGAGGAGCUGAGGAUGACGGCCGGGAACCACUGUGACAACCUCCGCAACCGCAAGAACGAGAUCCUGGAAAUGACCAAGCUGAUCCAAAGGCUGCAGCAGGAGAUUGAGAACGUCAAGGCACAGCGCUGCAAGCUGGAGGGUGCCAUUACCGAGGCAGAGCGGCAGGGUGAGGCCGCCCUCAGUGAUGCCAAGUGCAAGCUGGCAGGGCUGGAGGAGGCCCUGCAGAAGGCCAAGCAGGACAUGGCCUGCCUGCUCAAGGAGUACCAGGAGGUGAUGAACUCCAAGCUGGGCCUGGACAUCGAGAUCGCCACCUACCGGCGCCUGCUGGAGGGCGAGGAGCACAGGUUAUGUGAAGGCGUUGGACCUGUGAAUAUCUCCAUAAGCAGCUCCAAAGGUGCCGUCCUAUAUGAGCCCUGUGUGGUCAGCACGCCCAUGCUGAGGACUGAGUACUGCCCGGGGGCCACCAGCACCCUCAAAAGCAGUGGGGGCUGCAGCAUCGUGGGCACCAGUGAACUCUACAUCCCCUGGGAGCCCCAGGGGUUGCUGGCCAGUGGGAGUGGGCGGAGCUCCAGUAUGAAGCUUGGGAGUGGGGGCGGCUCCUCCUGCCACAAGUGUUAGCAAGGCCCAGAGUCCGGAAGCCCCUGGGGCACAGGGCACCCACCGCCAACCUGGCUCUGCACCUCCAGGGCUAAAGGCAAGAUUAUUAUUCUGAAGCCCUGCCUCCCUGUACUGACUGCAGGCUUCCCUCAGCUUUUCACCGGGAGCUGCCCCUUCAAAAAUUAUCAUUCACUUAGCUGUGUGCAGACCCAAAGCUAGGUGUUCAGGCUGAGGGUGGGGUGCAGAGAAAGAGUGCACAGAACCUAUGUUUCCAGGCUACUGACAUUCAGACCCCAGAGUGUGACCAAGACAAUGGCAACAGUCCCCACCCACUGCUCCUGGGAUAAGAAGGUCAAGUGACAGGGCACAGCUCUGCUUUGUGGAUUGUCCCCUAGAAGUUGUCCCAUAAAGUCACUGCCCCUCCAUCUUUCACCUCCAGCUUUCAUGCACCCUAGAAAAGGCAGUUUAACACCCCCCUAAAAUAUGCACUCUUGCAUAUCUCCAAAGGAGACAUUGCAACCUCCCCAGGCACACUGAAUUCUCACUCUGCAAAAACAGUCUUUAUUUUGUGCUUGUAUUGGCAACUGGUGUCAGGGAAAUAACCAGAACAACAGCAAGGGGACAUGGACAAAGGGACAGUCAAAGCUGACAUUACUGACUCAAUAGAAUCAAGCCCCACCCCCAACUCCUGUACAUAACCACCCUCCCCUGCUCAUUCCCCCUUCUCUCUUGCUUUGGGUUUGAAUUGAACUGUCCUCCUAACUGUGGUGAAAUAGGGCUGCCCAGCCUACUAGAAGCUCAGCCUUACUGCUGAGAGUAUGAGGGAUGCUGAGCUAAAGCCCUACCCACCCAGGACUCUGGGUUUCUAUGAGCUUCGGAGAGUGUUUGUUCCCAAUAAACUGUUCACAGGCCAUGA